GAAGCGCCGAGCACAGAGGAGGCAGCGAGUGUAAACAGUGCAUAUAAAACCUUAAAUAACUCCUUUUUCCGCCGCCUUGGCUGACUCUAAAUGUGCAGGUGGACGCCCGGGUGCAAGAGGAGGAGAUAGAGUCGUGAUAAAGAUGGACAGCCACGAGGAGGACGGGGAAAUAAGGGAGGAGGGCCGGCGCCACCACCACCACCACCGCGGCGCCGAGGACCAGCAGGAGCCCGAGGACGAUGAUUUCAGCAUGUCCUCCUACGAUGGCGACCAAGGAGACAGCCUGGACAUCAAGCCGCCGCAAGCAGUCGUGCAGAGGCGGGAGAAACGCGAGAAGAGGGAGAAGCGCGACCGUCACCGCCACAAGGGGGAACGCCACAAGGACCGCCACCGCAACCGAGAACACCGCAGCAACCACGAGGAGCGCCGCAGGGAGCACCGCAAGCACAGGAAGGAGGUAGCACCGCGAGAGGGAGAGAGGAGGGAGAUACGGAGGCAUGAGAAGAGGCACGAGAGAGGAGGAGCAGGAGGAGGAGGAAGUGGAAGUGGAGGAGGAGGAGGAGGUGGAAGCGGAGGCGGAGGUGGAGGAGGAGGAGGAAGACACGAAAGACAGCAGAUGAUGGACGCAAGAACCAAGAUAGAGAAGAGGAAGAUGAUGGAGAGGGAGAUGGAGCGAAGGCGGGAGAGAGAACACGAGGAGUACUACAUCGACGAACGGGAAGCUUACGAACAGCACUUGGAGUACCGUCGCGAGCACCAGGGCCGUGGGAACAUGGGCGGGGGUGUUGGUGGCGGUGGCGGCCUAGGGGGGGAGUACGCCACUGCCGGCUAUGGCGUCCAACACCACCGCCGCGAUGACAGGGUGGAGAGGGCGCCCCUGUCCCAGCUGUCACCGAGGGAGAGAGCCGAAAGGGACAGGCGGAUGGAGAGGUUCCUUGUGGCUGACAAGCAGAAGGAACUGUCCCAGCGCGAGGCAGAGAGUCGUCGGCAGCGGAGGGAAGAGGAGCGGAGGGAGGAGGAGCGCAGGGACGAGGUGGUCAGGCACAGGGGGGGCGGGGGCCUGGCAGGGGAGUUCCUGGGUCACAGCAGCAGCAGCAGCAGGCACCACAGCAGGGGCUCCACUCGCUCCCCCCCGCCACAGCCACAGCCGCUCAUGAAGAAGAGGAAGCACAUGCACCCUUAUCCUGAAGAAGCAGAAGAAGUGACAAUAGUGAGCGACGAAGAGGAGGAGGAAGAGGACGAGAUUGACGAGGAGGAAGAGGAGGAGGAGGAGGAGGGGGCAUACGAGGAGGCCGUGGAGGUGAAGGAGGACGAGAAGAAGAGGAAGAGGAAAAGGAGGGAGGAGGAGAGAGGAGGGGGAAACGCCCAUCACUCGGAUUCAAGGGACAGCGGAUCAUCAGACAGUGAAACAGACUCAGAGAGGGUUCGCUCCCCCACCCCCCCUCAGAGGAGCCAGUAUCAUUCCGACAGCAGCAGCAGCACGGAGACAGACGUGGAGGAGGACAAGGCAGAGAAGACAGCAGCAGGGCGGGAGAAGGGCUCAGAUGACCAAUUGUCGAGGUCGGGCAGUGGCACAGGGUCAGCGAGGUCAGGCACUCUCUCCCCCAGCAGGGCUCGCCAUUACGAUGAUUCUCCCAACAUGGAGGGCCGGCGGUCAGACAGGGAGGAGGACGACGACACCCACUACCUGCCUGAGUCAUCACCUGAGUCCCCCGUGGAGAUGAAGGAGCAGCUGCCUUCCUACUUCCCCGCCAUCAUGGGCUGCCGCUCCGUUGACGAGUUUGAGUGUCUGAACAGGAUAGAGGAGGGGACAUACGGUGUGGUGUACAGGGCGCGGGAGAAGGCCACCAACCAGAUUGUGGCGCUGAAGAGGCUCAAGAUGGAGAAGGAGAAGGAGGGCUUCCCCAUCACGUCACUCAGGGAGGUCAACACGCUGCUCAAGGGCCAGCACCAGAACAUAGUAACUGUGCGUGAGAUCGUGGUGGGCAGCAACAUGGACAAGAUCUACAUCGUCAUGGACUAUGUGGAGCACGACCUCAAGAGCCUCAUGGAGACGAUGCGGCAGAAGAAGCAGAUCUUCACCAUUGGGGAGAUCAAGACCCUGAUGCAGCAGCUCCUCCACGCCGUGCACCACCUCCACGACAACUGGAUCCUGCACCGAGACCUCAAGACCUCCAACCUGCUGCUGUCCCAUCGCGGCAUUCUCAAGGUUGGUGACUUUGGGCUGGCACGCGAGUACGGCUCCCCCCUGAAGCACUACACCCCCAUCGUGGUCACCCUGUGGUACCGCGCCCCUGAGCUGCUGCUGGGCGCCAAGCAGUACUCCACACACAUCGAUGUCUGGUCCGUGGGCUGCAUCUUCGGGGAGCUGCUGGGGAUGGAGCCAAUGUUCCCGGGGAAGUCUGAGAUUGACCAACUGAACAAGAUAUUUAAGGACCUGGGGACUCCGAGUGACAAGAUCUGGCCAGGCUACAACCAGCUGCCCCUUGUCAAGAAGACCCAGUUUGCUGACUACCCUUACAACCACCUGCGGGAGAGGUUCAAGACCAGGCUCUCGGAUGAGGGCUUCAACCUUCUCAACAGGUUCCUCACGUACAACCCCCAGAUGCGCAUCACCUGCCAGAAGGCGCUGCGUCAUGACUACUUCCACAAGGAGCAGCCGGCGCCCAUCGACCCUGCCAUGUUCCCCACCUGGCCCGCCAAGUCCGAGAACCCCCACGCCCGCUCCAAGAAGAUCGGAAUCAGCCCCAAGCCUCCGUCGGGUGGCAAGAACUUCAAGGACCUGGUUGACGGCGAUGAUGACAUGGCAGCCACCGGGUUCUUCCUGGGAGGCGCGGUGAGCAGCGGGCCGGGCUUUGUCCUGAAGAUGUGAAGAGCUGUUAGUGUGUGUGUGGACUUGACUAUGGAAGUACAAAAAAUCAUAAUGUGUGUGUCUGAAUGAUUGCAUAACUAAUGUACUGUACUGUAAUUCUUUAUAGUAAUUUGAUAGUAAUAAAAAUUUACUUAUUGA